GCCUAUCAAGUGGGAGAGCGCAUCAACUUUCGCAUCUCCAUCUGCUAAAAGCUUUACGUUUCCUGUGUUUAGUGGUCAAACGAUGGAACUAGCUAUAGCUCAGUUCUGGUCAAGUGGCCUUGGGAGUCGUGAACCGACUAUCGUUGACUUUGAGAUUGCAUUUCAUGGAAUUGGUGUCGAUAAAGAAGAACUGUUACUUGAUGGAAGUGAAGCACCAAUAAAAGUUGAAGCUGAAGCUCUGUUGGCAUCUGAAAAACUCGUUCCCAUAGCUGUUCUGAACAAGAUUCGAGUUCCGUAUCAACCAAUUGAUGCACAACUGAAGACUUUAUCAACUAGCCGUGAUAGGCUACUGUCGGGAAAACAAAUACUAGCAUUGACAUUAACCUACAAGUUCAAAUUAGAAGAUGCAGCUGAAGUGAAACCGUAUAUACCGUUAUUGAACAAUCGCAUAUAUGACACAAAAUUUGAGUCCCAGUUUUAUAUGAUCUCUGAUGCCAAUAAGCGUGUAUAUGCAACGGGUGAUGUUUAUCCUGAAUCUUCUAAACUUCCGAAGGGAGAAUAUAAACUUCAGCUGUAUCUGAGGCAUGAAAAUGUGCAGCUGCUGGAAAAGUUGAAGCAGCUCAUUUUGUUUAUCGAAAGAAAUGUGGGGGAGGUUCGGCUGAACUUACAUUCUGAACCAGAUGGUCCAAUCACAGGAAAUGGUGCCUUUAAGUCCUCUCUUCUAAUGCCAGGGGUGAAGGAAGCGUUUUAUCUGGGCCCACCAACAAAGGACAAGCUACCCAAGAACUCUCCCCAAGGAUCUGUGUUGGUGGGAGAAAUCUCAUAUGGGAAACUGUCGUUUGAUGAUAAAGAAGGGAAGAAUCCAAAGGAUAAUCCUGUAUCUUAUCCGAUAUCAUAUGUGGUUCCACCAAAUAAGCCUGAGGAAGAUAAAAAGGCAUCUUCUGCUUCAAAUUGCUCUAAAUCAGUAUCAGAACGCUUGGAACAAGAGGUUCGUGACACAAAGAUUAAAUUUCUCGGGAGCCUGAAACAAGAAACCGAGGAAGAGCGUUCAGAGUGGAGAAAGUUGUGUGCCUGUCUCAAGUCUGAAUACCCAAAUUAUACUCCAUUACUAGCUAAGAUCCUGGAAGGUUUGCUCUCUCGGUCUGAUGCUGGGGACAAAAUCAGCCACCACGAAGAGAUUAUAGAAGCUGCAAACGAAGUAGUACGCAGUGUUGACGAAGAUGAGUUAGCAAGAUUCUUGCAACAAAAAAGUGAACCAGAAGAUGAGGAAGCAGAGAUUUUGAAGAAAAAAAUGGAAAUGACACGUGAUCAACUGACAGAGGCACUAUACCAGAAAGGGUUAGCAAUGGCAAGAAUUGAGAAUUUGAAGGGUGAGAAGGGAGAUGAAGGAGAAGAGGAAAGUAGCCAGAAGGAUAAAUUCGAGGAGAAUUUCAAAGAACUGACAAAAUGGGUAGACGUGAAAUCAUCGAAGUUUGGCACUCUCACUGUUCUAAGAGAGAAACGGCUCUCACGACUCGGGACCGCGUUGAAGGUACUUGAUGAAUUGAUCCAAAACGAGAGCGAGAUUGCGAAUAAGAAACUCUAUGAAAUGAGACUGGGUCUGCUGGAGGAACUAGGUUGGAGCCAUUUGGUAACAUAUGAGAAGCAAUGGAUGCAGGUUCGGUUCCCUACAAGUUUACCCCUCUUUUAGUAGUUGUUGUUGGUAAGUGCUUGUUCAAUAAAAAGCUUGUCCAGAACGUAGUGUGCUAAGUUCUUGUCCAAUAAAAAGCUUGUCCAGAACAUUUAAUUCCAUUAUUUUCCCAAACUACUGUUUUAUUUUGUAGUCUUUAUAAACUGUAUGUUCUUGGUCUAUAUUGUGAAACAUUUUUCGGUUGUGAAUCAAUAAAAUUAUAGAUCAAUUUUACUAUUA